AUGUUUAACCAUGGCAGUCACCGCUACAACCAUGGCGUGCCGAACGGCGGUGGCAUGAGUGGCUUGCACAAGACGUUUGGCUCACAGUCCCACCACGUGACCCAACAACAGGAUCACGGCCUGAGCAAUGGCAACUUUGGCAAUCACCAACACACCAUCUCCGGCAGCACCCUGACGAGCACCACCCCGCACUUCACGCCCGCGCAUCUGCAGAAUGGAACACCCGAACACACGAACUCGCUCAGUAACCCGCCGAACGAGCAUUGGGCCGAGCAAAUGGCGGAGGCGAAGAGGAUCGAGAGUGCUGGUGACAAGCCACACUUCUACGCCAGGAACGCUCCGUCCGUAGCACGGUUGGGCGGCAAUGGCUCGUCAUCAGUUAGCAUACGCGCGGAUCUGGAUGAGCACGGAGAGCGUAGGAAGCCUGUGGCGAAUGGAGAUGUCGAAGAGGCCGGCGCAUGGGACGCGAUGGACCUCUGCGGUCAUGGCCUUAAGAGCAUUGGCGCCAGUGUCUUCAGGCAUUAUCCGAACCUGCGCAAGCUGUACUUUGCCAACAACAAGCUGGAGGUGCUCCCGUUACAGAUUGGCACGAUGCGGUCAUUGACCGAGCUGGACUUGUCGUACAAUGGCCUUCGAGAACUGCCUCCGGAGAUCGGUAUGCUUACGCAUUUGAAGAAGCUUCUUCUCUAUGGAAACGACCUUUACGAUCUACCGUACGAGUUGGGCGCACUACAUCAACUCGAGGUACUCGGGCUUUAUGGCAAUAAUCGGCUACGGCGAGAUUACUACGACCGGGUGAAGGAGCAUGGCACGCGUGAGCUCGUGCGGUAUCUACGAGAGCAGGCGCCUGCACCACCAGCGCCCUUCGAGCGCGACUGGAUCAAGCUCGUCGAUGAGGUCGAGAACGAGUCGGAGAGAUUUACCGUCUGUAGCUGGAACACUCUUUGCGACCGAGCGGCCACUCAAGCUGCGUACGGCUAUACGCCUUCAGCUGCACUCGCAUGGGAUCACCGGCGUGGCGUGAUUCUGGACGAGCUGACGCACAGAAAAGCCGACAUACUCACCCUCCAGGAAGUGGACACAGAAAGCUACAACGAGUACUUCAGACCCAAUCUUGCGACCGAAGACUACAAGGGCAUGUUCUGGGCUAAAGGCAGAGCACAGACGAUGGGCGAUAAGGAGGCCAAGACCGUCGAUGGCUGUGCGAUCUUUUACAAGAACUCAAAGUACAUCCUCCUCGACAAGCAAGUCAUCAACUACUCGCAGGAAGCCAUCCGACGGCCGGACAUGCGCGGUGACGCAGACGUCUUCAACCGCGUGAUGCCACGAGAUCACAUCGCCGUGGUCGCUUUCCUAGAGAACCGCAUGACCGGCUCCCGCCUCAUCGUCGUCGACACGCAUCUGGCAUGGGAAGGCUGGUUCGCCGACGUGAAAGUCGUCCAAGUCGCCAUCCUACUCGAACGCCUCGCCAACCUCGCCAAAACCUACGCCGCCUGGCCCCCCUGCAAAGACAAAGAGCUCUUCCGCUACGCCAACGACGACAGCCUCGAGCCCACCCCCGACCCCGCCAUCCCCCGUCCCACGCCCGCCCCCUCAAUGCACUACGACGACGCCACCCAAAUCCCCAUGCUCGUCUGCGGCGACUUCAACAGCACCGCCGACUCCGGCGUCCACGACCUCAUCACCCUCGGCUCCCUCUCCAACUCCCACACCGACCUCGGCACGCAGAAAUACGGCGACUUCACCCGCAACGGCAUGACGCACCCGUUCAGCCUCAAAUCCGCCUACGCUAGUAUCGCCCAUUGGCCCUUCACCAACUACACGUCCGAGUUCCGCGAGGUGAUUGAUUAUAUUUGGUAUAGUACGAAUACCCUGCAGGUGACGAGUCUGUUGGGCGAGGUGGAUCCGGAGUAUAUGCGCAAAGUGCCCGGGUUUCCGAAUUGGCACUUCCCGAGCGAUCAUUUGGCGUUGAUGGCGGAGUUUGUGGUCAAGGGGCGCAGGGAGCGGAAGGUGGUGGAGGCGGAUUUUGGGCCGGGGAGGAGGACUAGUAGGCAUUGA